UAAAGAACUACCAGAGGAAAAUGUCCAGGACAUUUUACGUUAAGAACAAGAAGCCUAAACUCUUGAUCAAGCAAAACCAGCAUAGUUCAAAAUAAAAUAUUCGCAAAGCUGAAAUCAACUGAUAAUAUUGGAACCAUUCAGGAUAAAUAGCCCACAAAAGUCUAUGAAGAAGAAGCCAAAUAGGCUAAGAAAGACGAUAAAGUCUCCAGAUCCACUCCAUCUGCGUCCAAGCACUACAUUGGUAUUCAAUAAUUUCUGCAAUUCUGGAAGAAGAAAGGUCAUAAAACUCCGUAAAAACAGCUUCAGCCAGUCGUUCUUCAACCCGAAUAGUAACUAUAAAGCAUGUAUUAACUUUGAAGAACGCAGAGGCUGGGAGACAGUCUUCGGCUGCAUUUCCAAAAAUGUAGAUCAAGAGAAGAUCGGCUCUGUAAUAAAGGAACUAAGCAACCAGAAGCAAUAGAAAUGUCUGCUAAGAAGAAGCCAUGUACAGGCUUAUCAAACAAAUAUCUAGAGAAGCGCAAUCAAGUUCUGACCCUAAAACAGAAAUUUCCAAAAACAUCUGGGAACAGACAAGCUAAUUCAGAUCAUGACGAAACAAAAAUAGCAAUAAUCGACUCAGACUCAGAAUUUAAUAGUGACCAAGAAAGUGUGGAAGAAACUAAAGAGGUCAAGAGGCCAGCCAAGCCAAAAAGAGAAAUAGGGAAGAAUCUUCGUAACAAUAUGAGUCUCAAAACUCGCUCUUCUCGGUCUCAUAAGUCUCCAGUAAGACCUUCACAGCCUAAGGAUAUCUUGAAAAGGAGCAACAGCAAAAGGAACAAAGUGUACCUGAAAAAGACUACAGGAACAGGCCUUCAUACUAUUGAUGAACUUGAGAAGCAUUCUAAAGUUCCCAACUUGCUAGCUGCUAAAGGACAUCAGACCCUUAAGCCUAGUCUGAUCAACAAACCUUUACACCAGAUGUCUCAGUGAGAACUAGUAAAUCACUUAAUGGACACUUUACGGUUAAAACUGGACUCUCUGCUUCAUUUAAAGGCUCAAAACGAGGUGACUUCUUACUACUGAAUUCUAUGAAGGAAGUCAAUCCAGAUCCUGAAGAUCUAUAAAGAGUUGUGGAAGUGCCUCAUACCGUCAGAAAGUGAGCUUACGAAGCAAAGGUUAAGCAGCCAGCAGGCUGGGCCGUCGAUCGAUCCUAAAUGAUCAUCUUAGAGAUUACAUGAGCCCAUAAGUGAAGAAUCACCCUGCUCAAAUGCCUUGACAAGGUCGAAGAGAUCCUGAAAGGAUAUGACCUUGAAUUCCGACAAAUAAAAUGACUUAUAUCCCAGAUUCGGAUUAUAGAAGGCCGAAUCGCCUCUCCAGGCAUUUUUAUGCGGAGACGAAGAAGAGGAGAAUUAGGAAAUCCAACAAAUAAGCGAAGAAAGAAGAUAAAAUCAGCAAAGAAAAGGUUCAUCAGCUUCUCUCCAAUCAGACCAUUCUCUUCCCACAACCCUUAAUCCCCAUUAAAACACUUCA